GCUUCUUGGAACAUUUUAAAUUGAUUUAAUAGGAACACGGCACACACAAACUCAUUUUUAUGUUCAAUCGAAUAUAACACCAACUAGAAUAAUAAGUUUUUUACCUUCGCAGGAAAAAACAAAGCGACGACUGUGACUACGUCUAACAAGAAACAAGAUAAUAAUGACAGAAGAUUCUUAUUAGAUGUGUAGUAAAAGAAGAAGCAACGUGUUUAGAAACGUCAAAUCGAUACCAAUAUCGACGUCGAGUGGUCGAGUCUGUGCUAGACUGCUGGUGCUUGCUCAGAGCUUUCAACAGCAAAUCACCGUUUCAGGGCACUGCACCCAGAGUGAGAUGGACGUAGACACUAUCGAGUUGGAGGAAUUUGAUUACGGCGAACUAAAGAACGACACUGCUUUUAUACAGAAAAACGAGAACCUGUCGGAAUGCAUCGAAAGGAUCCGUAAAAAUCUAGUCGUCGCUCGUGAGGACUAUAAAAAUUAUGAAAGUUUCACUCUGGAAGAGAAGGUAAAAUAUGAUUUGCAUUUGUCGUACAGUAUCAACUCGCUCUACUGGAUGUAUCAUAAGAUAAUCGGUCUGGAUCCAAACAAGCAUGGAAUCAAAGAUGAACUAGCCAGAAUCAAAGCUGCCAUGAUACGGGAGAAGCAAGUUUACGAUCACAAAUACAACCGACCAGUGCUGGAUCAGGGAGCCGCAAAGCGGUUUGUUCGGGCUGGACUGUACGACCAUAAAAAUAGGGAUAAACCGGAAGCAUCUGAUCCACCGCCAAAUAAAAAAAUUAGAUUUGAUGAGUGAUCAACGCAACGACUGACAUUGUUCCGUUUCGGAGCACAAAGAUUUUUUAUCGCCCAUGGAUAACGGAUCCGGCGCACCGUAGUUGUGUAAGUUAAGUUGCUUAUUAUGUACCUAUUUUCCAGUCGCUUUAAUUGCCUGUAAUUCAAAAUAUUCCUCAACAAAGAGCAACCCAAGUAAAACACAAAAUUAAUUGUAAGU